AUGGCAGUACGACUUUCAAAACAGCAAGAAGAAAAUAAGCCUGAGAGGAGCAUACGACAGCUGCCUCUCCUGAUUCUUCUCAUUAUUGCCGUUGUCUUUUUGUAUGAGUCGUCAUUUAUGAUGUCUUCUAGGGCAUUUCUGGAGGGUGAGAAACGAAAACCGGAAUCUGUCGCAGAGCAAAUCCCAUUAACUGAUUCGACUGUCAUCAUAACAUCAUCGUUGAUCCCGACACAUCCGUCUAUCAGGAUGGUCAACGAGACUGUAAAUUCAAUACGAGAAAUGAUUGGUGGGUUGGCCUACAAUACCCCUAUAUUGAUUUCCGUCGAUGGGAGGAAGGAAUACAACAAAGAAGAUAUAGAAAGACUCCAGAAAUACGUUGAAAACUUGCGAAUGCGAUUCCUCCAUGAUCCAUAUGUCACUAUUCUCAACAAUUAUCAAUUUGGCCACAUUUCGAAUAGUAUUCGAGUAGCACUGCAGAUGGUGGAAACUGAAUUUGUGUAUGUUGUCCAGCAUGAUUUCAAAUUCAUCAAGCCCAUCAACCACACAUCUCUAGUCGGUGUCAUGCGAGAGCACCCCGACCAAAUCAAAAUGGUUAGGUUCGGCAAAAACAGAUUUCGAGGUGAUGUCCUUGACGUUUGUGAUGAAUACAAUAAGUUGGAUUCCGUGAAGUAUGGCAUAUAUCUUGUUCUUGCCCAGUGGUCAGACAAUAACCACUUCACCACCAAGAAACACUACGAUAGGAUCUUGAAAGAUAUCGGUCCUACUCCCAGACCAGUAGAAGCACCCAUGAUGGGUCAUCUUGUCCUAAAUGCAACUUCUGAUUGCACAUAUUUGCUACAGUAUACAUACAACUGGAUGCAGGGCCCAUUCAUUGGACAUCUUGAUGGCAGACUCACUCUUCAACGAAAGUAA